AUGCGUGACAGCGCUACCAUAACAUAACAACAGCUGAGCUGAUGGUUCUUGGAAUGCAUAACCAAUUUGAGAAAUGGAUGAGUGAGACAAAAUUAUAGAAGAUUGAAUAAUUUGAUCAAUAAUAUUCGAAUGAAUGCACGAAAAAAAUGAAUUGGAAUAAAUAUAUCGUUUCCCGUGGGGAAUGGUAAAAGCUUGCUACAUGAUCAUGUGGGCAGUGUCUGUUCCACUUUUCACCUUGAGUUGAGGUUACCUCGUCUGCUCAAAAACCAAUUUUGUCCUAGAAUCAAUUUCAGAAAUUUUCAAUCAAAAAACUAGAAAAUGGCAGCAAAAAGGAUUUCUUCUAGCACCUUCAACUGGGCAAAACUUGCCGAAAGGAUUCCUGAACACCAGAAGAGCACAUACACGGCAUUUAAAGUGAAAUCCGACAACUACCUCAGAAGGAUGAUGGCCAACCCAGCUCAGCCACCCCAGAUCGACUGGCAGUUCUAUGCCAACACAGUCCCCAUUCCAGGCCUGGUCGAUUCUUUCCGUGCCCAAUACGAAAAACUGUCGAUCCCAAUGCCAAGCAUUGAUGCUCCCCUGUCUGAGCUUAGCCAGAUGGAGAAGCAAGCCGAAUCGGACAUCGCGAAAUUCAAGCAGGAGUCAGACAGUCGCAUCUCGGGCUUCAAGGAGGAGAUUCAAACCAUCGAGAGCAUGAUUCCUGUUCGCCUCAUGACCAUGGAGGACUACUAUAUUGCUAACCCCGAAUUCGCCCAGAAAAUGAAGAACCCCACCGUGCUAGAUGACGGCAGCGAGAACAAGCCAAAGAGCGACCAUUAAAUUCUAACACAAAAAUAUUAUGUAGGUCACUAAAAUGGUUAUAUGAUUGUAAUUCAUGAUGUAUUCUCAAUGAUUCAGCGUUUAAAAUAUUUCAAUUCAUGAAAUAGUCCACUAUCAAUGUUCAUUGUUGUUGCAGAUAUGUAUUCAAUAAAGUAGUCAUAAAUAA